AUGGCCGCGGCCUGGCAGGACGUGGUGCGGGACGCGGCGGCCGUGCGGGAGGCGGCGGCGGUGGCGGUGGACGCGGCGCUGCUGGCGGGGGUGCUGAUGCGGACCGGGGAGCAGCCCAACGCCUCGGAUGUGGUGAAUUAUGCCCCCUUCACGCUGCUCCCAUCCGCAGUGCCACGGGCCUUGUUUGAACAAGCCUAUGCUGUUCAGCAGGAUUUUAACCUGCUGGUGGAUGCUGUCAGUCAAAACAGAGAAUUCCUGGAGCAAACUCUGGCCAGCACCAUCAAGGUCGAUGACUUCACAGCUCGGCUCUUCAGAAUCUACAAGCAGGUUUUGGAGGAAGGCCUGGCUCAGACCGUGUUUUUGGGCAUCAACCGCUCGGAUUACAUGUUUGACUGUGGGCUGGAAGGCACAGCAGCUCUGAGGCAGAUAGAAAUAAACACCAUUGCUGCCAGCUUUGGAGGGCUCACCUCCCGCACUGCUGAUGUCCACAGGUUGGUGUUGAAAGUGCUGGGAAGGAGUGAGGAGGCAUCACAGCUGCUGCCCAACAACCCAGCCAAGGGGCUGGCCUUGGGAAUUGCCAAAGCUUGGGAGCUCUAUGGGUCCCAAAGGGCUGUGGUGAUGUUUCUGGUGGAGGAUGUCCAGAGGAAUAUUUUUGAUCAGCGUUGUGUAGAAAAUGAACUUUGGAACAGGAACAUCCGCGUGCUGAGGAAGCGGUUCCGGGACGUGUUUGAGCAGGGCUCCCUGGAUGCCAGCAGGAGGCUGUAUAUGGAUGGCCAGGAGGUCGCAGUGGUGUAUUACAGAGAGGGCUACGUGCCCCAGGUCUACGAUGAGCAGAACUGGGAGGCGCGGCUGCUGCUGGAGCGCUCGCGGGCAGUGAAGUGCCCCGACAUUGCCACGCAGCUGGCGGGCACCAAGAAGGUGCAGCAGGAGCUCAGCAGGCAGGGGACACUGGAGAAGCUGCUGCCAGGCCACCCUGAGGCCGUUGCUCGGAUCAGAGCCACCUUUGCAGGACUCUACUCCCUGGAUGAGGGUGAAGAAGGUGACAGAAUGGCUGCUGCAGCCAUCGCUGACCCCGACCGCUUCGUGCUGAAGCCUCAGCGUGAAGGUGGAGGGAACAACCUCUAUGGUGAAGAGCUCAGGGAGGUUCUGGAGAAGAUCAAAGACAGCCCUGAGAGAACUUCCUACAUCUUGAUGGAUAAGAUCAAACCCCAGCCAGCACUGAAUUACCUGCUGAGGGCUCACAGUCCCCUCCAAGUGUCAGAGUGCAUCUCUGAGCUCGGGAUCUUUGGGGUCUAUGUCAGGCAGGGCAGGGAGCUGCUGCUGAACGAGGCCGCCGGGCACCUGCUGCGCACCAAGGCCACCGAGCACGCGGACGGCGGCGUGGCAGCCGGGGUGGCCGUGCUGGACACGCCGUUCCUGGUGUGAGGAGCCACGGCCCCACCCUCCUUCUCUGCUGCCUCAAGAGCUGAUCUGCCCCAGGGAUUCCUCCUUAGGGUGCUUGCCACGGUCUGACUGCUGGAGGCUGUGAGGAGGGACUGUGUGAUGCAGCUGCUCAGAGCUCCUGGGUGCCAGCCCCAGCUGCUCAGGGCUCCUGGGUGCCAGCCCCAGCUGCUCAGGGCUCCUGGGUGCCAGCCCCAGCUGCUCAGGGCUCCUGGGUGCCAGCCCCAGCUGCUCAGGGCUCCUGGGUGCCAGCCCCAGCUGCUCAGGGCUCCUGGGUGCCAGCCCCAGCUGCUCGGAGGUGGUUCCCCCUCCAGGAAGGAUUCCCUUGCUCUGCCUGCUCAGAGGCCCUGCCCUGGGCACAGCCCAGCUGUGACUCCCAGCACUGCAGGGUUCUGGGGGCAGGGGGAUGCAGAGCAAAGGGUCAAGGUGCCAUACAGGCCUUUGUGCUGCUCCCACUUCUGAGCUCCUUAUGCUGCACGGUUUCUGGAGACAUACACAGCCUAAGGAAUGAGAGGAGAAAGGUGGAUGGGCAAGGAUCAGCCUUUAUGUGCCUCAGUGCUCUCCAGAUUAAAGAGGAGAGCCCAGCUCCACUCGCCAUGGCCCCUCCAGCCCUCCUUCCCAUGCUGCUGCUAUCCUGAUUUCUGUUUUCCUCUGUGCCUGAGGAUCCUCAGGGUUCCUGCACCAGGCACAGCUGCCCUGGGUAAUUUGCCCAAGGGCCUUUUGCUUUUGCUUUGCCCAACUCCUGUUUUAUUGGACUGAGUGCCUCUGUGCCACACAGGGCAGGCAGCAGUGCAGGGUCCAGGGCAGGCUCCCUCUGCCUCCUGCAGCCAUGUCCAACAGAUCUCCACAGAAUCCCUCAGAGAUGGAGGCAGCUCCCAAGGCAGCAGAGAAUUGGAGCCUUGUGUGUGUUGAUAAAUCCCAAAGCACCCUGGGUUUGGGCCAGUGCAUCCCACUGCAAAUCAAACCCUGAGCAUCUUCCUGCCAGGGAGCCCCAGGCUUGGGAAUGCUCCUGCUGAGCCUGGGAGCUCUGUGGUGAGCAAGGAAUUGCAGGGGAGGCUGGGCAGCCCAGCCCCAGCUCCCAGCACCUUACUGUGGGACCAGUACCAGCAGAGGGGAAGAUGUCGCUCCCUCCAGGUUUUAUGGAUCAGUGGGAACAGCACAGCAGUGGAGCAGUGUGGGCUCUCCUGCUCAAGGUCUUCUGCCUCUUCCUGCAGCCCCUUCUCCUCCUCAGCCCUAAAAGCUGCACCUUUCUGGCAGCAAAGAGCUCAGGCAGCCUCAGCCCAGCCCUGUCAGUAACACAGAACCAGCACAGAGGCAGAAUCCCUGCAGAAUGGGAUGUGCUGAGUGGCAGAAGCAGCACAAAAGCAGAAUUCCUGCAGAGAGGAUGUGCUGAGUGACAGAAGCAGCACAAAGGUAGAAUUCCUGCAGCCUGGGUGUGCUGAGCGCCAGCCCUGCUGGCUCUUUGCUGCUGCAGCAUCAAUCACCACUUGGUCACCUGGGAAACUGCUCCAUUCUCCAGGUGUGACUGAAACUGGGCUUCCUGGGUGUUUUGUUGGGGGAUUGAUUACCCCAAGCCAGAGAUUAAAAGGAAUGUGCAAUCUGA